AUGAAGCUUGCCAUUCAUAGGCUGCACGAUUAUGACUCUGCAAAGGAGCUUUUGGCCGAUCUCCGUGAAAAGUACGACAGAAUCGCCCUCAGCACCAUGGAUCCGGUCAGCUCGGCCAUCUUCUUCCACCGAGAAAUAUCCCUAUUCUUUGACAAAUACGUGAAUACAGGCCGGGAAUCGAUCUUUGGGAAGAUUAGCCACUACUACGCCACGGUGGAGACGAAUGAGCGAGGCAGCCUCCACUUGCAUGGACUCCUCUGGCUGGAGGGCAACAUGCGGUUACCGAACCUGAUGGACGACAUGGCCAAUCCGCGGAAGAAGCAUACCGUGCCCAGGAAGCCCAUCGAUCCCGUGGAGGAGGUCAUGACCAGCACCUCGGCUCUCACUGCGGCCUUCGAAGACGAAUCCAACUUCAUCGCGUACUGUUGCCAAGUGCACUCCCACACGUACACCUGCCUCAAGUAUUCUCUGAAGGGUGUCAUCGAACAGGGGGCAGAUCAACAGAGACGGACAGCCUGCCGCUUCAAGGCACCGUGGAAGAUCGUCGAGGAGACAGGGUUCACAGAGGAUGGUCUGCUUCAGAUCCGGCGCAAUCACCCGCUCGUCAACCGGUAUAACAAGUCAUUGGCGGUCGGCCUUCGCCACAAUCACGACGUCUCGAUGAUCUUGACCAAAACCAAGGGCCUGGCCAUGGUGUACUACAUCACGAACUACGCCACCAAACUGGAUACGCCGAUGUGGAGGCGCAUUGCUCUCGCCACCGAGGUUGCCCGCCAACUCCGCGAAGCCGGUCGUCCGACGUCUCGCGCACCAGAUCCCGCCCUGCCCGACAACAGGCAGCAGGCAGUGUUGAACGAGAGCCGUCAAUUCCUGAUGAGAACGGCAAAUCGGAUCUUCUCCGAGCGACAACUCUCGGCCGUAGAGGAUUCCGACUGUGACGACUGGAUCCAAAAGCUUCGACGGCCCGACCAGUACGCCAUCCCGAUCUUCCAAGGAUACAUCAGCGACGACCAUGAGGACGAUCACCCAGUCUAUAUUAAGCGAAAUUCGGUCCUACACUUGGCGCUAUUCGUCCCUUGGGAGAAGUUUAUUUCUGAGAGCCAAGGCGACAUAACCGACAUAUGGACGACGCAUCGAUCGGGGCUUUGUCCCCGCCUCCGUUUCCAUGUCUCCAACAUUGGUCUUUUGAGAAAAUCUGCCGAAGACGCGCGCAAGGACGCGAAGCUCUGGGCCAGUCGGUCGGAGGGCGACGACACAAUUGACGUCGAGUACCCACUUGACGACGGCCGCGAUGAAGAAGAGCCUCCAGCGCUGGCUCAUCGUCAGGCCUACAAAGCUCUGCUCCAGAUUUUGCGAAAUGCCGUGCAGGAUACGGACGCCACAAAAGACUCACCCGUCCUUGGAGGUCUAAUACACGAUCUGUGCGAAGAGAACCCGGCUGAAGAAGAGCAACCUUUCGUCCAACGUCAAGAGGAUCUGUACCGGAAUAUGCCCGAUGAUCAAGGUGACGCCUUGUGUCAAUUCCCCAUAUCUCGAGACGAUGUCCAAGCAGCGGCCAAGGCCCAACAACUAUUGCAUCUUCGGAUGCUGGACGAUAUUGAGGGUGGUUCUCAGGGCACCGUACUAUCCACGAAUGGCGCCGACAUUGACGAUACCCUUGCUCGCUACGGCGAUAUGGAGUCCGCCGCUGCGCUCCCGGGCAGUGACCUCAAUGAACAAGGGCCUCGGAUGCUUGUCGACGUCAGUCCGGCAACUAGCUUCGCGGAGAUUGGACACACCGCCGCGGCCAGCUUUACACUGAACUAUCUACAGACCAUGGCCCUUCAACUCGUUUGCCUGUUUCUGGACAAGUAUACUGCCAACCCGGACUCAGCCGGUCAGCAUCUUCAAUACACCGGCGGGCCAGGUGGCACGGGAAAGUCGAGGAUUAUCGAUGCCCUGAAGGGCGUGUUCGCGGCGAGGAACCAGCCGCAUCUUCUGCAGAUAACCGGCACGUCGGGCAGUUCGGCGGCCCAUAUUGGCGGCACGACCAUCCACUCGGCCUGUGGGUUAGAUUCCCAUCGCGAUCCAAACAAACCGCCUCCCCCCUUCUCGGAGGCGAAGAAGUGGAUCUGGAAACAGAAGCUGGUACUCGUGAUUGACGAGGUCAGCAUGCUGGGAGGAGCCACUCUGCACAACGUCAGUCGUCACCUGCAGGCACUCCGUGACUGUCCGGACGAACCGUUUGGCGGCAUGCCCGUCGUCCUACUGAUGGGAGACUUCUACCAGUUCGCCCCCGUGCGGGAAACAAGCCUACUGAUCAUCAGACCGCCGGACCGAACAGAGACCCCCCUGCGACAGGCGACCAUCUCUCACCACAGCGGCUGCAGAUUGUGGCAUCUGUUCAAAACCGUGGUGCUCCUCGAAGACCAAGUCCGCGCACGCAACGAUCCCCAACCCGUGCACUCCUGGAUCGAGUUCGUAACGGGCGCCAGACCCAUCAAGAUCUGA